AGGAGGCGGGGAGGGCGGGGAGAGAGAAGGUGGCGCCUCCGGCGAGGGCCGGUCCCGGGGCCGGGCUCUGCACCAGGUGACCCUGUUCCGGGCUCGGAUCCGGCCGGCCCUCGCGGUCCCCUCCCCCGUCUCCCCCUGGAGCCGGGCUGCGCGGGGCAGGAGGAGCAGCAGCCGCCGCCCGCAACGGAGCAGGACUGCCCCGGCCCCGGAGCAAGAGCUAUGUCCCCCCGGCCCGCGGCGGACAACGGGGAGGAAGAGGAGGAGGAGGAGGAGGAGAGCCCGAGGGGCUGGACAAGAGGGGGUCCCCCGGGCCUCGGCGGCCGCCCCUCCACUAUACUCCUGCUCUGCUGCCUGAACUUUGUGCCAUCUUUGGGUAGACAAACACUCCUGACUACAUCACUAAUCCCAGAAGCCAAGCCAAGUGUGACUUACAAAGAUUUCAUUCAUGUCAUUGUUAUCGAAGGAAACGUUCGCAAUGUUUCUGAAGUUUCAGUUCAGUAUUUAUGUUCUCAGCCUUGCGUGGUCAAUUUUGAAGCCAUUGUUUCAUCUGAAUUCAGAAGCAGCAUUCCUGUGUAUAAGAAGAGAUGGAUGAAUGAGAAACAUCUUCAUACUAGGAGAAUUAAAAUGGUGCAUGUGAAAUUCCCUAGCAUCAUGGUUUAUCGAGAUGAUUAUUUCAUCAGACACUCCAUUGCAGUCUCUGCUGUGAUACUCCAUGCCUGGAUCACUCACAAGCACAGUGGAGAUCUGAGUGCAAGAUGGGAAGAAAAUUUCUUACAUGCUAUAACAAAGAACUUCACUUUGUUGAAAUCAGUCCCACCUUUUGAACGUCCUUUCAAAGAUCAUCAAGUAUGUCUUGAGUGGAACAUGGACUACAUAUGGAACCUACAGGCAAACAAGAUUCCCCAAUGCCCUCUUGAAAAUGAUGUGGUCAAUAUCCUCAGCUUUCCCUAUGCAUCCAGUGGAGAAAACACGGGAAUUGUGAAAAAGUUCCAGAGAUUUCAGAACAGAGAGCUUGAAGCAACCAGACGCCAGCAUAUUGAUUACCCAAUGUUUACCAUUUCAGUAUGGCUUUAUUUACUCCAUUAUUGCAAAGCACAUCUCUGUGGGAUUCUGUACUUUGUCGAUUCAAAUGAGAUGUAUGGCACACCAUCCCUAUUUCUAACUGAAGAGGGUCACCUGCAUAUUCAAAUGCAUCUUGUCAAAGGGGAAGACCUUGCUGUGAAAACCAACUUCGUCCUUCCGUUGCAGAAGUGGUUUCGACUAGAUAUCUCUUUUAACGGAGGACAGAUCACAGUAACAGCCAAUGUUGGACAGGAUUUGCAAAGCUUUCACAAUCAGUCAAUUAUUUUUCGGGAGGAUUUCUAUUAUAAUGACACAGAGGGCUACUUCAUUCUUGGAGGGAGCAGGUAUGCCCCUGGAAUUGAAGGGUUCUUUGGUCCCAUGAAAUACUAUCGUCUCAGUGUGAUGGAGACUGAACAGAUCGUCAAUCCUCUCUUCGAAAAACAACUUGCUGACCAGAUUGAGUUAUACUAUGAAAGGUGUGCUGAGAUUAAAGAAAUCAUCUCUCUAUAUGCAAACAUCAUACAGCAAGGUGAUGAGAACCCAAGAAUGUGUAACCGCAAGAACUACUAUUUAGACCUUAAUGCUAGGUAUGGAAGACUGUCAACAUGCCGUGCCUUUCCUUGGGAAAAAGAACUGAAGGACAGAUACCUAAAUUUGUUCCAGGUUUUGCAGGAAAAGGAUUUAUCACCCGUGCCAGGAAGCCAAAAUGAUUCAGUGCUAGAAGUUGGUGGGAGGAUAUUUGAGAAGGCUGUAAAGAGACUCUCCGGCAUUGACGGUCUACAUCAAAUUAGCUCCAUUAUUCCCUCCCUGAUGGAUUCCAGCUGCUGUGGAUACCAUAAAGCAUCCUACUUCCUUGCAGUCUUUUAUGAAACUGGACUAAAUGUGCCUAUAGAUCACCUACAGGGCAUGCUGUAUAGCUUGGUCGGUGCCCAGGGGAGCGAGAGACUGUCUGCAAUGAAUCUUGGGUAUAAACAUUACCAGGGUGUUGAUGAUUACCCACUGGACUGGGAACUGUCAUAUGCUUAUUAUAGCAACAUCGCCACCAAGACCCCUCUUGAUCAACACACUCUGCAAGGAGAUCAGGCAUAUGUAGAAACAGUGAGACUGAAGGAUGAUGAAAUGCUAAAGGUCCAAACUAAAGAAGAUGGUGAUGUCUUCAUGUGGCUGAAACAUGAAGCAACAAGAGGCAAUGCAGCCGCUCAGCAACGGUUGGCACAGAUGCUAUUCUGGGGACAACAAGGCGUGGCUAAAAACCUUGAAGCAGCAAUAGAGUGGUAUGCAAAGGGUGCUUUGGAAACUGAAGACCCAGCAUUAAUAUAUGAUUAUGCCAUUGUAUUAUUCAAGGGUCAAGGAGUGCGGAAGAAUAGAAGGCUUGCUUUAGAACUGAUGAAAAAAGCUGCUGCCAAGGGAUUACAUCAGGCAGUGAAUGGCUUAGGAUGGUAUUACCACAAAUUUAGGAGAAACUAUGUCAAAGCAGCAAAAUACUGGCUAAAAGCAGAAGAAAUGGGGAAUCCAGACGCCUCGUACAAUCUUGGAGUCCUUUAUCUAGAUGGCAUUUUCCCGGGGGUUUCUGGAAGGAACCAAACAUUAGCUGGUGAAUAUUUCCAUAAGGCUGCACAAGGAGGGCACAUCGAAGGAACCUUGUGGUGUUCCCUAUACUAUAUGACGGGCAAUUUGGAGACUUUUCCUAGAGACCCUGAGAAAGCCGUUGUUUGGGCAAAACAUGUUGCAGAAAAAAAUGGCUAUUUGGGGCACGUCAUUCGGAAAGCUCUCAAUGCCUACCUGGACAUGUCAUGGCAUGAAGCUCUGCUAUAUUCUGUCUUAGCAGCAGAAACUGGGAUUGAAGUGUCACAAACAAAUUUAGCCCAUAUCUGUGAGGAGAGACCAGAACUGGUGAGAAGAUAUCUGGGAGUUAACUGUGUUUGGAGAUAUUAUAAUUUCUCUGUUUUCCAAAUCGAUGCCCCUGCAUUUGCUUAUCUGAAGAUGGGAGACCUCUACUACUAUGGCUACCAGAACCAAUCAAAAGACCUUGAGCUGUCUGUGCAGAUGUAUGCCCAGGCUGCGCUGGAUGGAGACUCACAGGGAUUUUUUAACCUGGCCCUUCUAAUUGAAGAGGGAGUUACUAUCCCCUACCACAUUUUGGAAUAUCUCGAGAUUGAUCAAACGCUUCAUUCUAAUAACAUCUCAGUCCUUCGGGAACUUUAUGAAAGGUGCUGGAGCCAUAGUAAUGAAGAUUCACUCAGUCCUUGCUCAUUAGCUUUGUUUUAUUUAUAUUUGCGGAUUAUCUGUAAUGGAAUUUUGCAUUCCAGCCUGAUCUACUUUCUGGGAACCUUUCUGGUGUCCGUAUUGAUUGCAUUGGCAGUUCAGUAUUUUCCAUCAGUCUCAGCCAGUGGUCCUCCGGCAUCUGUUUCACAGCCCUCUUCAGAAACAGCCACUUCCAUUGCAAAUCCAGCUGUUGACUCCUUGGAACAAGAAGAGGCCAUUCCCGCAAAUAAUUUAGAGCAGCGAGGGUGAAUCGCCGACUCUCCACGUUUGCCUAGAAGAGAGAUGGAGCCUUUGGACCAUGGGUAUUUGAUAGCAGACAUUAGGAAUGCUGCAACCAGGGAAUGACAUGCUAAACCUUUGAACAUGUUUUGACUACUAGAAGCUAAAAUUGCACUUGAGUAAAUAUCUAUGUCUAUGUGAUACUUAUAUUUAUGCAAAUAAAUAUAAGAUCUUAAAUAUAGACAUAUGGAUAUGGAUAUUUAUGUUACAGGGAAGUAUCCGGAGUAGAUACUGAUUUUCUCAAGGACAUCAGGCAAAUAUAGCAGAAGCCCCUUCCUAUGCUACUGUUAGGAAUGUGACUGAUGCCCUGUUGUGGCCUACGGGGUUUGCAGCCCUUGGAUUCACAUGAUGGUAUUGCUGUAUUUCAGGGGACAUCAUUUACUUACCUGUGCUCUAUCUUAAUCCACUUAAAGCAAGCUAUGUUUUAACGGGACUUUCAUCAGUGUUGUUGAGUCCUUUCAAAAUUUUCCUUUACUGAAAAAUAGGCAAUUGUAGACCCAAAGCAAGAUUCAUAAUGUUUUAGUCCAUAGCAUUUGUGAGAAGAAGAGUCCUUUCCACCACCAGGCUGCUUCUGGAAGCACAAUCCAAAUUCCUCUUUGUCUUGUCAUGCCUAAAGGAAGCAAAAGGCGCCUUAAUUAGAGUUAAGUCCGCAUCAGUGUGAGCUACAGAAAAGGAAAUGUCAUUGUAAAUUGGUUUACAUUUUUCUCCUUAAAUUUUUCUAGGAUCAUAGUGCUUAAAAUGCUUUAAUGAUAUUACCAGAUAUGGUUUAUUCACAAUUGUAAACCUUCAGAUGCCAUUUAGAAAAUGAUUAGUAUUUAAGAAUAGUCUUCACCACGAAUUACCCAUUAGAAUAGAAGUAGGCCAAUGGAAUAUGCAGAAAACAAUCCUUUAGAUCCUAGUCCCCCCUGUGCCUGGUUUUUGGGUUCUGAGAGAGGUGUGCCAUGCUGUGUGGUGUGUAUGUGUGUAUGUGUGUAUGUGUGUGUGUAUGUGUGCAUAAGUGUGCCUGUUUCCACACAUAUGUAUAUGAAAGAGGAAUGCGUGUGCCUGUGUGUGUGCUACAAUAAUUAAAUCAGUAAUGCAAUAUUGUGGGUCCAGUCUACUCUCUUUGCA